AUGUCAGAUUUCAGCGAUAACAUUUCCAGCGGCUCAAAACAUAAUCAGGAUGACAUUGUUCAUGUCACAGACAAUGAGCAAGACUCUAACCUCCCGUCCUCUAAUAUUAACUCACCUUCCGCCUCCAUAUCUUCCAUAAUAUCCAAACAUGCAAGGCAACUACAAAUAGACACAGGUUUCACUCUCCAUCAGGUUGACGAUGCUUGGAUAAGACAAACCGAUACACC